UACCCAGUUAAUCCAUAUUUGGGCUCACUGAUGCAGUUGAACGUAUAUAAAAACCUGGAGUGAAACCUCAGCUGCACAAGUCCACACAGAGGAUCCAAGAUCUGCUGGUAUGGCUCGCAUGUCUGUUUUCAGGUUCUCAGCUCUGGCUCUGCUGCUGCUGCUGUCUGCCUGCUGUUGGGCUGACAAUGAGGCAGAGGAGAUUGCAGAGGAGGACUUAGGGGAUCUGUCUGUCUCUGAACUUCUGGAGAGAGCCAACAGUAAUCUGCUCCGUUCUGAUGAUGGUCCCAUCCUGACUGAGGGAGACGUCGUCAUCGACAGCGAGACCGAGAGAAACGCCGACCCCUGCACCAGCCGUGGCUGCAAGUGGGGCAAAUACACUGACGGAAAGGUCUACAUUCCUUAUUACAUCGCCAGUCACUUCUCCUCCCGUGAGAAGGCCAUCAUCACCCGUGGACUGGAGUCUUUCUCUUCCUUCUCCUGCAUCCGCUUCAGGCCCAGCAGGAGCAGCGACCGCGACUGGCUGAGCAUCGAGUCCAAGGACGGGUGCUACUCCUACGUCGGCCGUCGUGGUGGUAAGCAGGUGGUGUCUCUGGCCCGUCGUGGAUGCCUCUACCAUGGAACCGUCCAGCACGAGCUGCUCCACGCUCUGGGCUUCAACCACGAACAGACCCGCAGUGACAGGGACAACCACAUCAAAGUCCUGCUGCACAACGUUCAGUCUGGAAUGGAGCACAACUUCAGGAAGAUCGCCACCCUGAACCAGGGCACUCCCUACGAUUACAACUCUGUCAUGCAGUACCACAAGUACGCCUUCUCCAAGAACAACCAGCCCACCAUGCUCCCCAUCCCUAACAACAAUGUGUCCUUUGGCAACGCUAAGGAGAUGAGUCGCAACGACAUCGCCAGGCUCAACACACUCUACGGCUGCUAGGAAGCCCGUUCAGAUGUGCUGACAGACAGAUCAGAGGGAAGACUGAACAACAGAAGCUGCGGACUUCAACUCAUCAGCACACCAGUCAUGAUCAAACUAUAAAGUUACUCUGAGUGAAAUAAAAAACUGAUUUCCCUGACUCA